AUGGCGGAUAUCAACCCUACAGAAGUGACGGGUGAGACGAAACUCCGUCAGCGUCACCAUGACAGCCGACAAAUCGACAUUCGGGGCCCCGAUGGCCAGCACAGGCGAGUGGCGCUCGCCGAUUUGACCCAGGACGACUCCGAAUUGGCAACCAAGUUCGGUUAUAACCCGGUGUUCAAGCGCGAGUUUGGGUAUUUGGCGACCUUUUCGUUCGCGGUCAGCAUUAGCGGUCUCUUCUCCACCGUCAUGACGACCCUUUCCUAUCCGUUGUAUGCAGGUGGCAGUAGUGCGGUCGUCUGGUGUUGGUUUGUCUCUGGUGCUGGCUGCAUGUGCAUUGCGUGCUCGGUAGCUGAAUUGGUCUCUGCAUAUCCAACGUCUGGAGGACUAUACUUCACCAUAUCGCGCUUGGCCCCUCAGAGUUGGGUUCCCUCGAUCAGUUGGGUGACGGGCUGGCUCAACCUCUUGGGUCAAGUCGCCGGUGUCGCCUCUUCGGAAUAUGGCGCCGCGCAGAUGCUUCUAGCGGCGGUAUCCAUGAGUCGCGACUUUGACUACACCAUCACCACCAACACCACUGUCGGCGUCAUGGCGGCACUCACCGUCAUCACCGGCGUGGUCAAUUCACUGUCCACGUAUUGGAUGGAGAAGAUGACCAAGUUCUAUGUGAUCUUCCAUGUCUGUGUGCUGGUGGCGUGCUGCAUCGCCCUCUUGGUGUUGACGGAGAACAAAAAUGAUGCGAAAUACGUCUUUACACAUACCGAAGCGGAAACUGGCUGGACACCAGUUGGAUUUAGCUGGCUUUUUGGUUUCUUGUCUGUCAGUUGGACCAUGACGGAUUAUGAUGCGACCGCUCAUAUCACCGAGGAGAUCAGCAACCCGGAGCUCAAGGCUCCCUGGGCGAUCUCAUCGGCGAUGCUUUUCACGUAUGUGGCCGGGUUUCUCUUCAAUAUCGUACUCUGCUUCUGCAUGGGCGACCCGGAUAGCAUUCUCAGCUCGCCGAUGCAACAGCCUGUGGCCCAGCUCUUCUACAACAGUCUCGGAAAGGGCGGCGGGAUGUUCUUCACGAUUGCCGCACUGAUAAUUAUCAAGUUCGUCACAUUCACUGCGAUGCAGGCUCUUGGACGCACCGUUUUCGCCUUCUCUCGCGAUCGCAUGAUGCCCUUCUCCAAUGUAUGGAUCAAAGUGGCCAAGUGGACUGGCACUCCUCUCUAUGCGGUCUGGAUCUCCGUUUUCUUUUGCAUUGCGAUCAACCUCAUUGGUCUGGGCUCGUACAUUGCUAUCUCCGGUGUCUUCACGGUCUGUGCCAUUGCUCUGGAUUGGAGCUACUGUAUCCCCGUGAUGUGCAAGCUUCUCUUUGGAAAGUUCCAACCUGGCCCUUGGCAUAUGGGUCCUUUCAGUACGAUCGUCAAUAUCUGGGCGUGCCUGUGGACUUUGUUCGUCAGCGUCAUUUUCGUUCUUCCAACCGCCAUGCCUGUCUCUGCCGAUACUAUGAACUACGCCUGUGUUUAUCUCGCGGCGGUCCUGCUAUUUGCCAUGAUCUAUUGGUAUAUCCGCGGCCGAAAGGUCUACACUGGCCCGGUUACGGAGGCCGUUGCCGACGAUCUCUCUGAAAGCGAACUCGUCGCUACGGAAAAGACUGACAAGGGGCCAACCGCCUAG